CGGGCCCUCGGGCGGCAUUCUUGCGCGAUGGCCGGGACCAGCCACCUCAGCCGGAGCUUGGAUGCCUUUCGGGGACUCUUCGGGAGCGGGUUGCGCCCGCGCUUUCCAAGGGGAGCCCGGUUAGAUAUGCCUCACUGGAGAUGUUUAAGCUCCACAAGGAUCCUUGCUCCUCUGACUGUGAAUUCCUGCUCUUUCCUGGACUCCAGAUUAGUUAUGAGAGAGCAGGGCCGGUCCUUCUUCAAUCUUGCAGCCCCUCUGCUUGGUGCCAAGCGAAUGGAAUACACUGAAAUCCGUCAACUCCCGUACUCUGUUGACCAGAUGUAUGACAUUGUAGCCGAUGUUGGUAGCUAUCAGCAUUUUGUUCCCUGGUGUAGCUGCUCCCGCAUAAUUUCCCAUCACAAAGACAUCUCCCAGGCUGAAUUGGAAGUGGGAUUUCCUCCUGUGGUUGAGCGCUAUGUCUCAGAGAUCUCCACAGUGCCUCAUUGUCAGAUCCGGGCUGUGAGUAAAGAUGGGCGGUUAUUUCAGCAUCUGGAGACACUAUGGCAAUUUAAGCCUGGACACGCCGGACGGCUGGAUUCCUGCACACUCAGGUUUUACGUCUCCUUUGAGUUUAAGUCCAUCCUCCACUCCCAACUGGCUAAUCUUUUCUUUAAUGAGAUAAUCAAGCAGAUGGUAUCAGCCUUUGAACAGAGAGCAGAGAAGCUGUGCAGCACGCAAACUGCGGCCCAGCCACACCGGGCAAUUCACUGCACGUGACAGACGGUCUUGGGGGCACUAAAGUCUGAGUCCUCCUUCUAAUCUCAUAGAGCAAAUUCCUCUUCCCAUCUGCAUCUGGAUCACUUUUUGGACAUUUUUUAUUAACAGGCAUGGGUUUAUUUAUGCUUAUUUACCUUGCAAAAAACUCUCAAAGGUGCACAUUAUUUAAAUGAUUCUAUUUUAUUGUAUAUUUCGGUCUAGUAUAAAUUAUUGAAUAUUUAA